AUGGUCGGGCUACAUGAUAAAACGGAUACCUGGGUUACAGGGGAAAAAGAGAUGGAGAAGGUGGCGGUUGAAUAUUUCUCGGAUUUGUUUACAACUACCUCUCUAGACGAUUUCACGGACAUACUAGAUGGAAUUCCGGCGGUGAUCUCGGGGACAGAUAAUGCCUUCCUCACACGGCCAGCGUCGGAGGAGGAAGUGCGUGCACCUCUGUUCUUGAUGAACCCUGAGAAAGCUCCAGGACCGGACGGGAUGACGGCUUUGUUUUUCCGAAAAUCAUGGCCGUUAAUCAAAAAGGAUAUUUUGGUUUAUUAA